AUGGCCACCAAAUCGACAUGGAGGCAUCUCUUCGUCUUCACCAAAUCAUCACAUAUCGGUACCUUGGUAGCUGCAGUUUCAGUAUGUGCGGCCACGGCUGGUCUCAAGACAAUAUUGGCCGUCUUUUUGGGCAAAAUAUUUGAUGUCAUUAGUGACUUCGGCACUGGAAAAAAGACUGGCAGCGAGGCUAUGGACGGCGUCAGAGACUGGUGUCUCGUUCUCGUAGGCGUCGGGUUUGGCAACUGGUUGGUUAAUUCGAUUUUCCUCGCUCUAUGGAUCGUCUUCGGUGAGCUUCAGGCUGCCAGUGUCCGUGAGGACAUGCUUGCCAGUCUGAUCCGUUACGAACUGUCCUGGUUUGACUACCAGGAGCAAGGCGUCUCUAGUCUUCUUGUUCGCAUUCAGACACAGACUCGGGAGCUUCAGCUUGCCACUUCCCAACUAUUCGGCCUCUUCGUCUCGGACACGAUGACUUCUCUGGCCUCGUUCGGAUUGGCAGUUUACUACUCGUGGAGGCUCACUCUUGUCCUCCUUGCGACGCUCCCUGUCUCUCUCGCCAUUCUGACCCUCGUCACCAGGCCGCUCGAGCCGGCUAUCCAAGAACAAAGAAGGCAUCUGGCUUCGGCCUCGAAGCAUGUCACGUCAUCCGUCACCGCCGUUGAUCUUGUCAAUGUCUUUAACGGCCACGACUAUGAGCUGCGGCAAUAUACCACAUCCAUACGCCAGGCCGCCAGGGCCUAUCUCAUACAAGCCCGUUGUAACUCGAUCCAGAUGGGCUAUGUUUCUUUCUGGGUCAUUGCCAUAUUUGCAGUUGGAUUCUGGUAUGGCCUCUCUCUGGUCCAAGAUGGACUUCCGCCUGGAAGUAUCCUGACUACCUUCUACGCCACUUUGGCCUCCUUCCAGGGAGUUGAGUCUCUCAUGCCCCAUUGGCUCGUGCUGUCCAAGGGAAUGUCGGCAGGUGCUUUUCUCAAGGCCGUCGUCACUGAAAAUUCAAUGAGUGGCCCACAGAGACAGAAGCAGCAAAGUACGGGAGGUAUGAUACCUGGAAACUGCUCUGGGCGUGUAGAGCUGUCAAAUGUUUCCUUUGCUUAUCCCUCUACACCAGACAACCAUGUCGUCAGCCGUGUGUCCCUGAUUUUUCCCGCUGGAGAAACUAUAUUCAUCGUCGGUAAAAGCGGAUCUGGGAAGAGUACCAUCGGCAGCCUCGUUGCCAAUCUAUACGAACCCCUGGCCGGUAAUAUUCAGGUUGAUGACAGGCCUAUGAGAGCGCUUGAUCUCGAGUGGGUUCACAACAACAUUACUCUCGUCCAGCAGACGAGCGCAUUUUUCAACGAUACUAUCUUCCAGAACGUGGCUCUCGGAAGCCAUGACCCCAAUUCGGUAACUGAACAGCAGGUCCUGAGUGCCUGCAAGGCUGCCAUUUUGCAGCCCACCAUCUCAGCGCUACCUCAGGGACUCCAAACCAAUGUCGGCCCCGACGGCCAUACUCUCAGCGGAGGCCAGAAGCAGCGGUUAAAACUCGCCCGAGCAUUUAUGCGAGAUGCUCCCGUCAUGGUUCUAGAUGAGAUCACCAGUGGUCUGGACCAUGUCACGCGUUCCCUGGUCUUCGACUCGAUCCGCUCCCGGCGCCGCAACAAGACGACAAUCUUCAUCACCCACGAUACCUCACAGAUUGGAGAUGACGACUUUGUGUAUGUCAUGGAAGAUCACCAAGUCGUCCAGGAGGGCCUCAAGAAAGAUCUCCUUCGACAUCAAGGUGGCCACUUUGAGGCCCUGGCAACAAGAGACACUGCCAUCACGACUAACGUCAAAAACCCUCUAACUCUUACCAUUGACGUUAAGUCUACUGAUACUGCUCACCUGAGCACCCUGUCACCAUCUACGCCGAUGGUACGCACGAAGUCCUCUCGUGUGGCUGAUUAUCUACUUGAUAGGCUCGACAGCAGAGCUCUCACCCCUGGGAACCCCCAUAUGUCAAGUCGGAUACCUAGCAUCGGCCCUUCUAUGGACUAUGUGGUGCAACCAAGAAGGGACGACACCAUACGGAUGCCAGCUGAUAGUCGCAGCCGUUCAUCACCGCCACCCGAUCCGGACCAUGCUCCUGGGGAAUGGACAAAUGAAACCAAGCGUUUCUCCAGAUAUCUCUCAGACAAAUUCUCUCUCGGCAAUGACCAGCGCGAUCUUCAUAAUUCCGUUACUCCUUCGGCUACCUUCUUCCCUCAUAAGACCUCUCAAGAAAAUCUCCUCCGUCACUCGUUCACAAGCGGCUUCUCCUUCUCCCAGCAUAACAGUGUACCGACUUCCCUGGAUCUAGAGGCGGGUGCCAUAGAAAUGGCAUUCGGUCAAAUCGACAUACAAAGGCCGGCACAAGAUGAGGAAACAUCACGCUUCUCCUUGACAAACGAAGAACCCUACCAAUGCAAUGAGGAGGGCCACGACGGCGACCACAAUUAUGAUAGAGACGAGCCCCCACUUGAUGACGACUUCCCAAAGCCGAAAGCCAUCAAAAAGAGGGAUUCGAUAUUUACCACAUUGAAAACAGUGUGGCCAGGUAUCGGGCCACGAGACAAAGCCACCUUAAUCAUUGGAGUCAUAUCCAGCAUAAUCGGAGCCGCAGCAAUACCGGCCUUUUCGUACUCAUUUGCACAGCUUCUCAGCGUCAUGACAGCCCCCGGUGACAAGGUUAGCAGUGGAAAGGAGUGGGCAGGUAUCAUGUUAGCUCUUGCCCUGAUCGAUGGAGCCUGCUGGGGUGGAAGUCGGUAUCUUCUUGAGCGUGUGGGAGAGUCUUGGGUCAACAGUAUACGUACUGAGGCACUUCGGCGAAUCCUCCUGCAGCCCAUGCCGUGGUUUAGACGAUCUAGUAACUCUCCAAGUCGCAUAAGCGAAUGCCUGGACCGCAACGCCGAGGAAAUGCGCAACAUUGUCGGCAAGUUUAUACCCAUCAUCGUGGCCGUGGCGAUUAUUGUCUGUGUUUCUGUCCUCUGGGCACUUGCCGUGUCGUGGAAACUGGCACUCGUCACCCUGACACCAUAUCCGGCUAUGUUGGGCGCGGUCAAGAUCUUUACCAUACUCAGCAGCAGGUGGGAAGCUCAGUGCAAUGAGGCGGCAGAGGAAGUAAGUGCCACGGCGACUGAGAUCCUAGUCAACAUACGCCUUGUGCGAACCUUUAACCUCGAGCACUACUUCUCCCAGCGGUACCAGCAAGGCAUCAGCCGCACGCUUCUCGUGGGCUUCAAGAGGGCUCUCUUCACAUGCGGCGCAUACGGACUGUACCAAUCCCUAAACUAUGCCAUGACAAGCCUUGCCUUUUACUACGGCACCCUUCUACUUGCCGACAAGAAGGAACUAGAUGUGGCCGAUGUGAUUCAAGUCAUCAACCUAUCACUCUUUAGCAUCGGUACGGCCACAGGAAUCCUCAGCAGCAUCCCUCAGCUCACCAUGGCCCAAGCCACGGCAUCCCGGAUCAUUUCUUACAUCAACAUGUCGACAGAGCCGCCUGAGGGCCAAAAAGGCAGCACCAAGCUCGUAACGCCUCUUCCCGUAACUAUGAAGAGUUUGUCGUUCUCACGCAAUCGAAACAUCGUCCUGCAUGGGGUAUCACUCGACAUUCAACCGGGUCGUUGCACUGCCAUAGUCGGCCAUUCCGGCUGUGGAAAGUCAACGAUUCUAUCACUUAUACUCGGUCUUGAAGCCGUCAACGCAGACGGCUUGGAAUAUGCCUCCGUUCCCUCCAAACACGUCGACGUGGGUAAUAUGCGCCGUCACCCAGGAAUGAUGUCGUAUGUACCACAGGCGUCAUUUCUUUUCCCGGCCUCAAUAUCGGAUAACAUCACGUACGGGCUGCCAGUGGACUCUACGCUGCGCCAUCCAGAAAACGUCGCAGACGCUGCUCGCACCGCCAGCAUUCACGACUGGAUCGUUUCCCUGCCACAGGGAUACGAUACCCUCGUUGGCGACGGCGGUCAAACAGUUUCGGGUGGACAGGCACAGCGUCUGAGCAUUGCGCGCGCCCUCGUACGGCACCCAUCUCUCUUGGUCCUGGAUGAGCCGACGAGUGCGCUAGACGCGGAGAAUGCAGCAGUCAUACAGGAGACGGUUCGCAACGCUCAUGGGGCUGAUAGGGCAGUCAUUUUUGUCACGCAUAGCAGGAAAAUGAUGCAGGCAGCGGACUAUAUUAUUAUGCUUGGUGAAGGUGGCGUCGUUCUCCAGCAGGGAAAGUAUAAUGAAUUGGUAAACGCGAGGGGUCCGUUUGCUCAUCUAGUUGGAUCAAAUGAUGAUGUUGUAUGA